CCGCGCCGUCAGUCGUCCGCCGCUGCCGACGUGGGGUGCGUGAAUCGUGUGACGAAGCGAGCUGUGACGGGCCGUGCGGGCUGUGCCGAGAGUGGGCUGUGUGCCGGGCCGGCCGGGUCAUGUGGAGGGCCUGACGGCCACAGAGCGAGCGAUGAUGGAGCUCCUGAGGAGGCGCGGAUGGGCGCUGGUGCCGCUGCUGGCGGUGCUCUUCUUUCAGCCGGCCGCCGUGAGAGGAUACUACAACUGGAUGUAUCUGGGUAUGCUGGGAUCCGUCCAUCGAGGGCCUCAGAUGUCCUCUGACCAGCCCUAUUCGGCCACACCGGAGGACCACGCGCGCUCCAUCUGUGCCGCCCUGCCCGGCCUGGUGGCACGACAAAUAGAGGUGUGCCAAACUCACCCGAACGCCAUCCCCUCCGUGUCGAAUGGCGCUAGAAAGGGAAUUCAAGAGUGCCAGUGGCAGUUCCGCAACGAACGGUGGAACUGCACCACGUCCACGGAGAGGGAGCACAACGUGUUCAGAUACACCCUGCAGAGAGGCAGCAAAGAGACUGCGUUCGUGUACGCGGUGACCUCUGCUGGGGUGGUGCACGCCGUGACACAGGCGUGCAGCUCGGGGAACCUCACCGAGUGCACGUGCGACCUCAGCUCCGAGGGACGCUCCACGCCGCAGGGAUGGAAGUGGGGCGGCUGCAGUGAUGACGUGCGGUUCGGCAUCAACUUCGCCCGCCAGUUUGUGGACGCGCCGGAGCGGGCCAAGAAGGACCACGACUCCAGGAAGUUGAUGAACCUCCACAACAAUGAGGCUGGACGCCUGGCGGUGCGCGCUCUGAUGAAGAUGCAGUGCCGGUGCCACGGCGUCUCCGGCUCCUGUGAGCUGAAAACGUGCUGGCGCACCAUGCCCUCCUUCAACCACAUCGGAGACUUCCUCAAGAAACGCUACAGGCGCUCCGUAGAGGUGGCCAGCAAGCGUCAGCGGCUGCGCAGAAAGCGGCGACGGUACCGGGACCGUCGCAGCCAGCGCGGCCCCCGGCGCCGAGAGCUCGUCUAUCUAGACCAGAGCCCAAACUAUUGUCUGCACAACCCCAAAAUGGGAAUCCUGGGCACGCGAGGCCGCGAGUGCAGCAAAAACUCCAACGGCCCUGACAGCUGUGACCUGCUGUGCUGCGGCCGCGGCUAUAACACUGAGGUGGUACGACGGGCAGAGAGGUGCCACUGCAAGUUCGUCUGGUGCUGCAAGGUCCACUGCAAAACCUGCAUCACCAUGGAAGACACGCACACGUGCAAAUAGCGACCUGCAUCACUGGAGGAAACGCGCACGUGCAACUGGGCAGCGAUAACGCUUUAACGAAUCCGUAGCGCGCUCGCGCGAGACAAAGACGCCGAGACAGGACUCAGCGGAGGCGCGCGCGCGCCGGCAGUGGUGUAGAGGACAGAGGCCGACAGCUCUGCCGGUCGGCAGGACGAUAGCUGGUGGCCGCUCGCGCACAGUGCGCCUCGGGCGGGUGAUGCGAGUGUUGGUGUUUGUGAGCUGGAUGCAGCGGUUGUGCGCGCGCCGAGGGACCGCCGGCCGGCCGGCCGACUCAGAGGCACGGCUGUCCGCCGCCGCCGGCCGGCCGUGCUCCAGUCGAUGUUAGCCGGAGUCUCAGUGUGUGCGGGCCGCCCCUGGCCGGUCCCCACGACCGGGACACCCGAGGUCACCGGUAGCGUCACUCGACGUCAUAAUGUUCUCAGAUCUGUUUGCGUCCCAUUCAUCCUUUUUGUUAUAUUUCCCCUGAAACGCUGUGUAGGACUCAGCUAAUACAGCGGCGUAUGUGUGUUUUAUUAAUAUGCAUGCGCCAUAGAAGUUGA